UGUCGUUCGCGUUCUCCUUCGUUCCGUUCCGUUGCGCCUUCGCUGAAAAAUUUGAUCAAAGUCAAAACUGUCGUGCUUCUGGUUGGAAGCAGUGUUGACGGUCUACGACGUCCGAUUUCCUGCACUAGUGAGAAGCGAAAAAAAAGUGGUGUUUAUUAUUUUGUAUUAGCAAUCUUUGAACUUUGACUCGGCCAAUAAUUGGUUGAUUGCGUCGCGACAGCACAAACUCCGAUAUUCGCCAUGGGAAACAAGUCAUCGCUGCUUCUGCGGGAGGAGGAAAUCGCCCAGAUUCACGAGGAGACGGGAUUUACCCCCAACCAAAUCGAGCGCCUCUAUUCGCGGUUCACCUCGCUGGAUCGCAGCGACUGUGGAACUCUUACCCGUGAGGAUUUCCUGCGCAUUCCGGAGCUGGCCAUCAAUCCGCUGUGCGAACGGAUUGUGCACUCGUUCUUCGCCGACAGUAGCGACGAUCGGGUCAACUUCCGCCAGUUCACUCAGGUGUUGGCCCACUUCCGGCCAAUCAAACCGAGCAAGGAGAACAAGCUGAACAGCCGCGAGGAGAAGCUCCGGUUCGCGUUCAAGAUGUACGAUCUGGACGACGAUGACAACAUCUCGCGGGACGAGCUGCUGAGCAUUCUGCAGAUGAUGGUCGGCGCCAACAUCAGCCAGGAUCAGCUCAAUAGCAUUGCCGAGCGGACGAUCGUCGAGGCGGACUCGAUGGGCCAGGGCAAGAUCACGUUCGAGGACUUUUGCCGGGCGCUGGAGCGCACCGACGUCGAGCAGAAGAUGUCCAUUCGGUUCCUGAACUGAAGUCGACGCUCGUGGUGUGAUUGGUUUGCCAAUUUAGGGCAAUCUUAGUUCUGGUGAAAAUCCGAAUAGAAAGAAUUUUUUUUUUAGUUUCAAAGUUGGAACUAAUGCACACGACGAGCGAAAAAAACGAGAAGAUGGAAGACGAUCGAUUACGGGAAGAAUUUCCAAAGAAGAUAAUUUCAAUGUUUGUAACUGCAUGAUAUAUGUAAAUAGCGAGUAAACAGAAAGAGUAUUACCAAUAAAGUUAAAGUAAAAUGUGUGUAA